AUGCACACGACAGCUAGUUCAUUGCGCGUCCACGAGGUGCCCACAUUUUGAUGUACGGGCUUAUGAGAAGAGAACAUCAUGUACGGAGCUCUGAUUGGGCUCCUGGGCUACACGAAAGGAACCAUCUGCGCAGAUCUUCCUUUCUGUUCACUACUCGGCGACUGUCGAAAGGUUCAAAACUUAAUUGCACGCACUUUUUGACGAACUGAAGCUUCGACUUCAGCGCCUCAGGCUUACUUCCGCUCGAAGAUGUUGCAAUCGCAGGCCGCCAGUUGCCAGAGCCUGAUCGGAACCUCCUGCCGCCGCAUCUUCGCCAGCCGCUGCACCUCUGAGACUUCCAGCAGGGCAUUCUCUGCGGCCCCGACCAGAUUCUUCAACAGCUCAGCUGCCCAGAAGCACCAUUCUGUGCCCAGACACGUGGACGCUCUUUCCGCCAGCCAGAGCAGCUUCCGGGGGGUUCAGUUCUCGCCACUCGUCGCAAUUGCAACCAGGAGACAGACAGCAGCUGCACAGCCCCGCGCAAUGGCACCGACGGCAGACCUGGAGGUGUUCGGCAAGGCAGUGCCGUUUACGGGGCAGCCAUCGGCGAGGAGAGGCGACUGCCCCUUCUCGCAGCGCACAUACCUGGACCUGGAGGAGAAGAAGCUCCAGUACAAGGGCACCUUUGUGCAGGAGGGAGAGAACGACUCCAAGCCAGACUGGUUCAUGAAGAACAACCCGAGCGGGCUGAUGCCGGUGCUGCGCGACGGUGACCAGUGGAUCCAGGACAGUGACAAGAUCUUUGAGCACCUGGAGAGCAAGUUCCCCGAGCCGUCGCUCAAGCCCUCCGACUCCGCGAAAGAAGUAGGCAAGGACAUCUUCCCCAAGUUCAUGGGCUGGCUCCAGGAGAAGGACCCAAAGGCGGCUGAGAAGAAGAGCGACUUCGAAGCUGAGCUGAAAAGCUUCGACCAGCACAUCAAGCAAAAUGGUCCGUACAUUGACGGCGACAAGAUGACGGACGCCGACCUCUCCGUGUCGCCUAAGCUGUUGCACGCACGUGUUGCCCUCAAGUACUGGUACGACUACGAGUUUCCCGCCGAACUGACCGCUGUCAGAGAUUACAUGCACCGGAUGGAGGAGCGCCCGUCUUUCCAGAAGACGCGGCCGACCGACGACCUCAUCAUCCAGGGGUGGGGCAUGAAGUGCGAGCUGAAGAGCACGCCCGCGGCCGCGGGAGCGUGAUCCGUGUCAAAGUUUCAGGAUUGUGUGCCUCGUGAGAAGAUUGAUUGUCAAGAAUCUGUAUCUUGACUUUUUUGUCAAAAUUGAGUCAGCCUUUUGUAAGGUACGUCAGAUUGACCAAGGAAAGUUCGUGAGCGGGGUGGAGACUUCAUUUUUGGAGAAUAAGACUCCGGCUUUCCUACCAUGUUAGCUGGAAGAGCUUAAUCCUUGAGCACCUUUGUCCUCGUGAUGUUGUGACGUUUCGUACACCGAUAGGUAUUUCGCUAGCGUGCUGCAAUUUGCCUUUAUUGUAACUCCAUGUUGGCCGGAAGAGUUUUAUUCUUAUGUACCUUUGGAUCCUCGCG